CUCGUCUCGAAGUGAGUUAUUGUAAAGUGAAAUACAAGCGUCUCUCGGGCUGACUGAAACGCGUUGAUGGUAGACUUUUCUUGCUGGCUGCCAUGUCGGAUUCUCUGGACCGCUCCACGAAGAUUAACUUGUUGAAGGAGCCGGUUGUGAAGAAGCUCUGUGAUGUGUUGGACAAAUCCACUAACAAAGGAUGGCGUAAACUGGGAGAGAUUGUCGGUACUGAGGGACGGUUUAAAGUCAGCUCAGACGACAUGGAGAUGUGCUCUCUGAAGGUGUUGGAGCUGGAGGGCAGCCCGAGCCGCAUGCUGCUGAGGCUGAUGGGAGAGCGAGGCUGCACCACGGGUCACUUGAUGGACUACCUCCAAACUCUGGGCAACUCAGAGGCCAUUCAGUGCUUGAAACCAUCAGCCUUGCAGAUUCUCAUUCAGCCCCAGUCAGUAGCUCUUAUAUCUGGUCACAAUCUGCGCCUGAGCUGUCACGCUGUGGGCAAAUCUCCAGUGCAGUACCAGUGGUUCAAGACUAAGGAAGAGGUGCCAAACAGCUUCUCUCCAGACCUGGUGAUAAGUCCAGUAAAUCUGAAGGACACUGGAUUUUACAUCUGCAGGGUCAACUGUGGAGAUACCUUUGAAUUCAGCCAGUGGGCUCAGGUGGACGUCCUAAAUGUCACUGUGUCUUAUGGGCAGAGUUAUCAUUCUUUAGACGGUCGGCUGAAGUUGGUUAUCCAGCCUCAGUCCCAGCGGUUACAUGUUGGGGAGACCCUUCAGCUGGAGUGUGGAGCCGUGGGACGGCCGAUCCCUCGAUACCAGUGGCACAGAAACGGAGUCCCGAUCCUCAGCGCCACAAAGAGGAAACUCAUGAUUCCUCACGUGAUGCAGGAUCACCACGGCAGGUAUCGCUGUGAGAUCAGCAGCAGCACUGAGAGAAUGUGGACCAAUGAAGUUGAUAUUGUUAUAGCUCCAAGGAUAUCUGUCCAGAUUUCAGGGGCAAUGGAGUGCUCUGAAGAUGAUGUUUAUGCCAUUGGUGGAAGUUCCAAUGAAUUUUUCCUAAAUAGUGUUCCAGAACAUCUUUAUGCGACUGACAAAGUGGCCUUGCUGAUUGGAAAUCUGUCCUACCAGAACCACCCACAGCUCAAAGCUCCCAUGGUGGACGUGUACGACCUCACCAACCUCCUGCGGCAGCUAAACUUCAAGGUGGUUUCACUGCUGGACCUCACAGAGUCUGAGAUGAGAAACGCUGUUGAUGAGUUCCUGUUGCUGCUUCACAAAGGAGUCUAUGGUCUGCUGUACUACGCUGGUCAUGGAUAUGAGAACUACGGCAACAGUUUCAUGGUGCCGGUCGACGCACCAAACCCGUACCGGUCAGCUAACUGUUUAUGUGUGCAGAGCAUCCUUAAACUGAUGCAGGAGAAGGAGACAGGCCUCAAUGUUUUUCUACUGGACAUGUGCAGGAAGAGGAAUAUUCAUGACGACAGCACUCCAAACGUUGUCCUGAGGGUUACGGCCAACAUUGUCUUUGGAUACGCUACGUGCCAAGAUGCUGAGGCCUUUGAGCUGAGCUCCAGUGGCUUCACUAAUGGUGUGUUUGUCAAGUUUUUAAAAAAGCGACUGCUGGACGACGAGAAGAUCACCGUGGUGCUGGACAGAGUUGCUGAGGACAUGGGUCAGUUUGACGCCACGAAGGGGAAACAGGCUCUGGAGAUACGCAGUAGCCUGUCAGAGAGGAGAGCUCUGACCGAUCCUAUUCCGCCCGGCGACAGCGCUGAUCUUGCUCAUGCUCACAGCCGCCAGUGGGCAAAGGCUCACGAGCUUCCUGAGAGCAUGAGUCUCAACUUUGACUGCGGGGCUCAGAUCAAGUUGGGCUUCGCUGCUGAGUUCUCCAACGUGCUCGUCAUUUACACUCACAUCAUAAAGAAACCCGAAAACAUGUCCUUCUGCCAAGCUCACGUCACGGACUUCUCACAGGACCUUGAUGUGGAUCCUAAAGAGAUGAAUAGAGAGACUCCAGAGGAGACAGGGAUCUACCUCCUGUCCAGCAGCCUGCCGCAGCACUGUCUCUACACCAGACUCAGCUCACUACAGAAGCUCAAGGAGGAGCUGGUCUUCACCGUGUGUCUGCAGGGCACAUUCCCAGCCUUGGACGAUGAUCCUGUCCACUGGACCAAAAGCAUCAACAUUGGAAAGCCACUGAUCGCCCGACUGGACCUGUACCGGGCCAUGCGGAGGAAUAGCUGCCUGCAGACCUGCCUGAUGCCCCACAGCCCAUCCCACAGCCCCUGUCACAGCCCCGGCCCUGAACACCACCUCCAGCUCCAUCUUGGGCUGUACCAGGCCCAGGACUACAGUCGCCUGUCCCCGCAGCACCACUACCUGGAUGUCUACGAGCGUCUUCAGGGUGCAGUAGGAGGCUGUGAGCCAGUGUACGACUCAGCUGGUGAGCUGUCAAGCUCACCGGGCAGGUUCAGCAUCCCUAUAGAGGCCAGUGACGAUAUCACCGAGCUGCAGACUGUGUUCAUCAACAGUCUGCAGCUUCAGCAGCAGUGAAACAGCUGCUGGGUGUCAUUGAUAUUUCUCACAAGAGAAGCCAUAAAUGUUGUAUCUGGAAUACUGCUGCUCUUUCUGUCUUUUAAGUCACAACAUGUUGUGACUUAAAAGGAUUUUUUUAGAAUCUUAUAUUCUUGGAUUCAUAGGCAUUAUUUUUCUCAACAACUGACAUUGUACUGAAAAUCAGAAUUUUGUAAAUAUAUUUUUAAAGAAAUGAAAAAGUUUCAGUGAACUUACAAGGGAUAAUUGUAGCUUUUUACAGUUGUGAAUUUACCAGUGUUUCUCAGACUUUUGCCAAACAAAAAAGUCAAGUCGGUUUAAUUCAUUAAUAUAGCUCCAAAUUAUAUCCGAAGUUAUCUUAGACUCUACGGCUCCACAGGCAGAACUACCUGCAGAAAGCGAUAGGAGAGAAGAGAGAGACAAGACAGCACAAAACUACAGGAAAGGGAGCACACCAGGUCAGUAACAUGUAUUAAUGGCAUAUGAAUGUGAACAGGUGGAGAGAGAAAGGAGCUCGGUGCAUCAUGGGAAGUGAUGCACAUCUUAAAUGUGACAAGACGCCCCAAGUAAACACUGCCUUUUUUUUGUGUCACAAGUGGUCACAAGACAAUUAGAAAUAUUUUUUUUUUUCUUUUUUUUUUAUCAAUUUAAUCAUCCUCUCGGGGAAUCUCGGCCCUCAGGAUGGGAAUCGCUGCUGUCUAAGAUUCAGAGACAGAAUUUUGGAUCGAAAAAGUUUUAAAAAAGUUUAGUAGGAAAAUAGAACUCACCAUGUCUGAGCUAAUGACUGUACAAAGAAGGGAUAUUAUAGUUUUUGUCAAAAAAAAAAAAAAAUCUGAAUAUACUGGCAAACAAGAAACACACAAAGUGAACCUGUCUUUUGAUCAAUCAAUAAAUUUAGGUUAAUCUGUAUUACAGAAAAGAUAUUAGUUGGGAAAAGGUUGGGAACCACUGGUUUAUUCUUUCACAGUACAUAGUAUUUUAUAAGCUUAAAUGUUUUUAUAUAAAAUAUUAAUUUGAGUACUAACUUGUAGCAACAGCUGUCAGAUAAAUGUAGUGGAGCUAAAAGUACAAUAUUUCCCUCUGAACUGUUUAAGGUAGCAUAAAAUGGAAAUUGUACCUCUAAACAAUACCUCAAGAGUUGUACUUAAGUAUGGUAUUUCUGUAAAUGUACUUCGUUACGUUCCACCACAUGAUCAUGGAUAAUAUGUCUGAGAUAUAGUAUGAUUACAAACCACCACCCAUUGAGAAUAUUUACAUAAAGCUAUUAAUCUUCUGUUUUUCUGUUUAUUAUUCUAGCUGCCCCCUCAGGAUGGCAGUAGAAGAUCUCUCUUUUAGGACUGCCCAUGGUACUCCUGCAGUACCCACGUUAUGGGUUCCCUGUUUAGCUGUGGACUUUAUUAGUGUCUGUCUGCUCCUCAGUCAAGCCUGAAACUUUCCAAAACAGUUCCACUCAGUGACUUUCCUGCAGGGAUUUUAGGCACAGUUCACUUUAUUAUCUCCCACAAGUUCAUGCUUCUACUUUUGGAUUGACCUGAUGGGGAGAGAUCACAGACUGGAGGCUGGCACAGUCCACUGCACACUUGUUUUGACAUUAUUCCUGUAGGUUGAGAACCGUGUGUCUGCCUGUAAACCACAGUACAACGAGCCAGACUUUCAUUCACUGCAGUUUGUCUGACUUGAGGUCACUAUAACAAUCCCAUGGGCUCCGAAGCACAGACAUAACGUGCUGCUCCAUAGUCCUGCUGUAUACACAUUUCUGCACAUGCAGGAUUAAUCUCCUUGUGAGAAAGCAUGAGUCCCGUACCACGAUGUCCCACACAGUGACAAAAACAG